AUCAGCCAGUGGUCUAGGAUAUACUGUACGCCGAUUGGCCCAGAAACCCUCGAAUGAUCGGCUUGGAAUUCGUACUGAAUGAGUGGGUGAAUGAGUCCGUGGACAUAUUGAGGAGGACAGAGGAUGAAUUUGGGGAUGUUUACGGUUGAAAAUGGAUGUGAACGGAACGGGAGCGCAUAAAGUGAGCCGGUGUGUUAAUGUGUCUGAACCCCGAGGAGAGUAGCCACAAUCUGAAUAUUGUGUCAAACUUGUGGCUGGCUGGAUCUUUUUAGUGUAGGGUACAGGUGGAUCCAGGCCAGAGACAGCAGUGAGGAUGGGAGGUGGAGGCCAACUGACGGAGCCAGGAGAGUCGGGCAGCAGGCGAGCUGGUGGUGUUUACACCUGGGAGGAGGUGCAGAGCCACUGCAACAGGAACGACCAGUGGCUGGUCAUUGAUCGAAAGGUUUAUAACAUAACCCAGUGGGCCAAAAGGCACCCAGGAGGGCAUCGUGUCAUCAGCCACUAUGCUGGAGAGGAUGCCACGGAGGCAUUCACUGCUUUUCAUCCCGAUUUAAAGUUUGUGCAAAAGUUUCUGAAGCCCCUGCUGAUUGGAGAGCUGGCAGCGACAGAGCCCAGCCAGGACCAAAACAAAAAUGCAGCAAUUAUGCAGGAUUUCCACACUUUACGCGCGCAGGCGGAGAGCGAGGGUCUGUUUAAAGCUCGGCCUUUGUUCUUCUGCCUCCACCUGGGUCACAUCCUGCUGUUGGAGGCCCUCGCCUGGCUCAUCAUCUGGCUCUGGGGAACCAGCUGGACUCUGACGUUUUUGUGCUCGAUCAUGCUGGCAACUGCUCAGUCGCAGGCUGGAUGGCUGCAGCACGACUUUGGCCACCUGUCUGUCUUCAAGAAGUCCAGCUGGAAUCACAUGUUGCACAAGUUUGUCAUCGGUCAUCUAAAGGGAGCCUCUGCCAACUGGUGGAAUCAUCGGCAUUUCCAGCAUCAUGCUAAACCCAACAUCUUCAGUAAGGACCCAGAUGUCAACAUGUUGCACAUCUUCGUAGUUGGAGCCACUCAACCAGUAGAGUAUGGCAUAAAGAAGAUCAAAUAUAUGCCCUAUCAUCACCAACACCAGUACUUCCUUCUUGUUGGACCACCGCUGCUCAUUCCAGUUUACUUUCACAUUCAGAUUAUACGCACCAUGAUUUCCCGCCAUGACUGGGUGGAUCUGGCUUGGUCUAUGUCUUACUACCUUCGCUACCUGUGCUGUUAUGUACCCUUGUAUGGCCUGUUUGGCUCGUUGGCGCUCAUCAGUUUCGUCAGGUUUUUGGAGAGUCACUGGUUUGUGUGGGUGACUCAGAUGAAUCAUCUGCCGAUGGACAUCGACCACGAGAAGCACCAUGACUGGCUGACCAUGCAGUUACAAGCCACCUGUAAUAUUGAGAAGUCCUCCUUCAACGACUGGUUCAGUGGACACCUCAACUUUCAAAUCGAACACCAUUUGUUUCCUACGAUGCCGCGCCACAACUACCACCUGGUGGCGCCGCUGGUCCAUGCACUGUGUGAGAAACAUGGGAUUCCUUACCAGGUGAAGACGAUGUGGCAAGGCCUUGUUGAUGUUAUCAGGUCACUGAAAAACUCAGGGGACCUCUGGCUUGAUGCAUAUCUCCAUAAAUGACCAAUUGUAUACUCUACACUGUACCUAAAAGGAGUGAUGUUUUUCUUCUCUUCUGCAUCAUACAUUGAUUGUAUCAGUUUGGUUUUAUAAUCCAGUUGAUAGUGUGGGAAUGAUCUUUUCUUAUCGUUGGUGUUAUAGUUUAUAGUCUUUUCAGAUUCUGUGCAGUAUUUUUAGUGCUCACAGGAUUUUCUCUAAAUUGCCUUACAGUAUCUUGAUCAUCAGUGGUAUGGUGUUAUCAAUACAAUCGUGAAAAUUGAUUUGUGAGUUAUUUAAGGUGAUGUUUUUUUCUUUAUUUACAAUGUGAUACAGUUUGAACAAUAAAACAGACAAAUGACACAUCCUGUUUAACUGAGGAUGAAAAUGUUCUCCACUUAAUUAAAUUUUCUUCUUUCUGUCAAACUUCUUUACUUGCAACUCUUGUUCUGGUCUUACAAUAAAGGAACUG